AUGGCCUCAAAGUUUAGCAAUUUGCCCCGCGCAGUUUCAGGUCCACUGGAAUGUCCCUUAGAGGGUCAUGAUCUUCUGCACAAUUCAUAUUUCAACAAGGGGUCGGCAUUUACCAAAGAGGAGCGCCAUGGGUUCCACCUACACGGCCUUCUCCCACCCAAUAUCCAAACACUGGACGAACAAGUAGCUCGGGCGUAUGAGCAGUACUCUUCCAGACCCAAUGAUCUGGCCAAGAAUACAUUCAUGGCCAGCAUGAAGGUGCAGAAUCAGGUCUUGUAUUACAGACUUAUACAGGACCAUCUGAAGGAGAUGUUCAGUAUCAUUUACACACCAACUGAGGGAGAUGCCAUUCAGAAUUAUUCAAAGCUUUUUCGCAGACCAGAGGGCUGUUUCUUGAAUAUCCACGAUCAAGACACAAUCGAAGACGAUCUAAAGAGAUUUACCGAUUGCGGAAGAGACGAAAACAUCGACUACAUUGUCGUCACGGAUGGGGAAGAGAUUUUGGGGAUUGGAGACCAAGGUGUUGGCUCAGUGCUCAUUUCGGUUGCCAAGCUUGUCUUGACCACUUUGUGUGCUGGGAUUCAUCCUACCAGACAGCUUCCAGUAGUCUUGGACUGCGGAACCGAUAAUGAAGAAUUGUUAAAGGAUGACCUUUACUUGGGACUGCCCCAGCGGCGAGUCAGAGGGGAGGAGUACGACAAAUUUGUGGAUAAAUUUGUCACGAAUGCAAGGAAGAUCUUUCCAAAUGCAUAUAUCCAUUUUGAAGAUUUCGGCCUUCGUAACGCUCGACGAUUGCUGGAUCAGUACCGCCCGCAGAUACCUUGUUUCAAUGACGAUGUACAAGGAACGGGCUGCGUCACUCUGGCGGCGUUGAUGGCUGGCCUGCAUGUCAGCAACAUUCAUAUAACUGAUGUCCGCGUUGUAAUAUUCGGGUCUGGGUCUGCAGGGACUGGAAUAGCGGAUCAGAUUUGCGAUGCGAUUGCAACGGAGAGCAACAAGCCGAAGGAAGAGGCGACCAAGCAUAUAUGGUGUAUCGACAAACCCGGCCUUCUUCUCAAGUCUCACAAAGACAAGUUGACCCCAGCACAAACACUGUUUGCAAGAGACGAUUCCGAAUGGAAAGACCAUGCCAAGACCGACCUUUACAACGUCAUCAAAGAGGUGAAGCCGCAUGCGCUGAUUGGAACAUCCACCAAGCCGAACGCGUUUACAGAAGAUAUCAUCAGAGAAAUGGCGAAACAUGUUAAACGUCCGAUUGUGUUUCCUCUGAGCAACCCGACACGACUCCACGAAGCGCAGCCGAAGGAUAUCAACGACUGGACCGAAGGUCGGGCAUUGAUCGCAACAGGUAGCCCAUUCCCUCCUGUUGAAUACAACGGGGUCAGAUAUGAGAUUGCGGAAUGCAACAAUUCGACAUGUUUUCCCGGCAUCGGACUUGGCGCCGUCCUUAGUAGAAGCCGUUUACUAUCAGACAAAAUGCUCGUGGCAGCGGUCAGGGCACUGUCUGCUCAGUCACCAGCACUCAAGGAUGCCAACAAACCUCUGUUGCCCGACGUAGUAGACGUGCGAGAGAUUAGCGUGCACAUUGCCAAAGCGGUGAUUCGCGCUGCGGUCAAGGAAGGGCUCGCGCAGGAGAAGGCGAUUCCUGAGCAGGAUGCUGAGUUAGAGGAGUGGAUUCGGGCGCAGAUGUGGGAUCCCAUCUACCGGCCGUUGGUGAAGCCAUAG